AUGACGACCUUGCAGCCCCGCCCGCCGUACUCCGAGGAGGAGCUUAAGAAACUAUAUCCAGAGAACCUCGAGCUCCGGCUUGUUCAAGUUCUGUUGAGACACGGCGAGCGCGCACCUGUUUCUGUCCGUUUCCAGAAUGCAGGUCUCGCGCCGUACUGGCCCUACUGCAAUGCCGCCCAACGACUGCGCUCCGUUGCCAUGAUCCCCAACGGCGAGCAAGCCUGGGACUCACUACAGUGGCGGAGAAGAUUGGAACGCUUCGGAGAGGAUGAUGGGCCUAUAAUAGCAGCUGGAGCAGGAGGAGAGGUGGACGGCAUCUGCCAACUAGGUGAACUCACUGACCCAGGCCGGCAAUCCACCUACGCGCUUGGGACUCGUCUCCGACACCUCUAUGUCGACCAGCUGAGUUUUAUGCCUAAACUCAUUGCCAAUGCCGACCUCAUCUAUCUCAGAGCAACUCCCAUGCCUCGCGCUCUCGAAUCGGUUCAGCAAUCGUUCUGGGGCAUGUACCCUUCUACGGCGAGAACGGCAGCAUUCCCUUCUCCAACAAUCGUGACACGGACUCCCGCAGAUGAAACUCUCUUUCCUAAUGACAGCAAUUGUCGUCGCUUUGCCCAGCUCUCACGAGCAUUUGCCCAACGCACAGCCGAUCGGUGGAACGACACAUCCGAUAUGGAGUACCUAACCAAGUUAAUCAGCAGAUGGAUGCCCGAAAGUAGCCCUCGUGUAGCCGUCGACUCGCACCCACGGCUGUCUGGCAUCAUGGACACAAUCAACAGCACCCUUGCCCACGGCCCGGAAACCCGCCUACCUAAAGAAUUCUACGACAAGAGAGCCGCUGGCAUCAUCGACAAAGUCGCUGUCGAAGAGUGGUUCUCGGGGUAUAACGAGUCGCGCGAGUAUCGCAAGCUGGGAAUAGGAGCUUUGGCGGGCGACAUCGUUGAGCGCAUGGUCAGUAAAGUCGAAGGCGCCGGCCUCUCAAUCUAUGAGAUUGGCGGAGAGAAUGGCUUCCUCGGCCAAGGCCGGGGUGGGGAGAAGGGCAUACUGUUCGCCAUGUCAGGCUGUCAUGACACCACACUAGCUUCUCUCCUCACCGCUGUUGGCGCCUUCAACGGCGAAAAGUGGCCUCCCUACACAUCCCACAUCGCCGUCGAGCUCUUCCGCAAGAAGGCCGACAGCCUCCCACCGGCAUCCGAAUCAUCAAGUCCUACCGCCCCAAAGUCCGCAACAGCCAUCCAAGCAGCAUCCCUCAAUUCCUCAAAGCCAGGCUGGAUCUCCUCUAUGCUCGGCCUUUCCUCCUCUGCCUCAUCCGCCCUCACUCCCACAUCAGUCCAGCAGCCCGGCGCACGCGCCGAAGGCAUCGCCCGGCGACCCUUCACCGACCUCUCCGCCGCCGAGAAACAGAAGCUCGACGGGUACUACGUCCGCCUCCGCUACAACGACAAAGUCAUGACCGUCCCCGCCUGCAAGAAGCCCGGCAACCACCUGGACGGCGACGACAGCUUCUGCACCCUCGAGACCUUCAAGCGCGUCGUCGACGGCUUCACGCCCGCGAACUGGAAGGGCGAGUGCGGCUUGCGCCUCGGCGAGCCGGCGCAGGGCCUGGAUGGUGCACAGCAGUGGGCGGGCCAGAUCGAGGAUGACGCUUAG